CAACAAAUAACAACUCAAGAUGUCUGGUAAAGGUAGCAGCAGAGAUGGCAAAAUAGACCUUGCGAAUGGACGCUUAUCCAGCAGUCCAGAGGAAAUGUCUGGGACAGAAGAGGGGAGAGAAAUAUCCUCAGGCAUCGAGGUAGAGGCUUCAGAACUGAGCUUGAGCCUAACCUGGGAUGACUGGGGUGGCCCCAACCUCACCAGCACGGAAAGCCCAGGAACAGACACAGAGAGCUCAGGUGAAGGCAAGGACUCUCAUAGCAUGGAGGACCCUGGCCACUGCUCCAUUAAUGAUGAAAACCGGGUCCAUGACCUCUCAGAGGAGGAGGGAGAGGAGGAAGAAGAAGAGGAAGAAGAAGAGGAAGAAGCGCAGCCCUGGCGCUGGGUUCAAUGCAAACGAGACUCAUUAGAUGAUGAACAAGCCCUUGAGGAAUGGGUAGCCUCAGAGUCAUCAGCUCUGCCUCGGCCUCCCUGGCAGGCACCUUCAGCCCUGAGAGAGAGAGAGCUGGGCUCAAGUGCUCGUUUUGUGUAUGAAGCCUGUGGAGCACGAGUCUUUGUGCAGCGCUUCCGCCUGCAGCAUGGGCUGGAGGGACACAAUGGUUGUGUCUGCACCCGUCACUUUAACCAGUGUAGCAUCUGGCUGGCUAGUGGCAGCGAUGACCUCAAGGUGGUGGUGUGGGAUUGGGCUCGAAGGCGACCUGUAUGAUUUGAAAGUGGCCAUAAAAGCAAUGUCUUCCAGGCCAAGUUUCUUCCCGGCAGUGGUGACUCAACUCUUGCAGUGUGCGCCCGUGAUGGGCAGGUGCGAGUAGGAGAGCCAUUCACCAAGUGUUUUUCCCAGCACAAGGGAGCCUCCCAUAAGUUGGCCCUGGAGCCCCACUCUCCCUGUACUUUCCUAUCUGCUGUUGAAGAUGCAGUUGUCUUCACCAUUGACCUCCAGCAAGACCUAACAGCAUCUAAACUGGUGGUGACAAAGGAGAAGGAGAAGAAAGUUGGGUUAUACACAAUCUACGUGAACCCCGCUAACAAAUUUGCAGUGGGUGGGCGAGAUCAAUUUGUGAGGAUUUAUGACCAGCGUAAAAUUAAUGAGAAUGAUAAUAAUGGUGUGCUGAAGAAAUUUUGUCCUCAUCACCUGGUAAACAGUGAGUCCAAAGCAAACAUCACCUGUCUUGUGUGCAGCCACGAUGGCACAGAACUACUUGCCAGUUACAAUGAUGAAGACAUUUAUCUCUUCAACUCUUCUCACAGCCAUGGUGCCCAGUACAUCAAGAGAUAUAAGGUGCACCAAAAUAAUGCUAGAGUGAAAGGCGAGGAUUUCAAUGGCCCUAAGAGCGAAUUUGUGGUGAGCGGCAGAGACUGUAGGCACAUUUUCCUUUGGGAGAAAUCAUCCUGCCAGAUCAUCCAUUUCAUGGAAGGGGAAAAGGGAGGCUUGCCUGUGCUGGCCACUAAUGGUCUAGACCAUAAUGUCAAGAUCUGGGCAGGCACCUACUGCUGAGGCUUCAACAAACGGGAGAGGGAUGAGGACAGCCUGCACCACACUGACUUAUUUGACAGCCACAUGCUCUGGUUUCUCAUGCACCACCUGAGGCAGAGACUGCAUCACCGGCCCUGGAGGGAGCCUGGGGUCGGGGCCACAGAUGGAAACUCAGAUGAGUACCCCAACUCCUCAGACACAUCGGAGGAGGAGGAGGGCCCAGUAGGGAGGUCCUACAGCCUCUCCCGAUUCAGAAGUAGACAGCAUCAUCUCUCUCACCUGAAGAGCAACCUGGCAGGAAUGAACAAGAGCAAGAAUGGUCUUCGCUUUGGCCAGCUAGUGGCUUUUGGAAGCCCUCGAGUAGCCGAUCACCAGUUUAUCUCUUUACCACAUGGUUAA